AUGGCUUCUCGAUCCCGAUCUCGAACCGCGACUCCCGACUUGGUUGCUCGCCCUCCCGACCGACGUCGUGGUGCAUCUCCUCCGCUUCAUUGCUGUUGCGGUAGUGAUGACUGUGUACUAUUGCGCCAUAACUGUUCAAUCCUCGUCUCUGUGGAAAAGGACGUUCACGCCGCUGCGCAGGCUGGCCAGGCUUUAUUAGCUCGACAUGAAGCCUACAUGGCGGAUGCCGAGCGAGAGCGAGUCGGACUCAAUGCCCGCAUAGAAAGGUUGGAAAUGGACAAGCAGGAGCUCGAGGCCGAAAAUGCUAGCAAAAUUGAAGAAAACCGUUCCCUUCUUGAACAAUUAGAGGCUCUCAACAACACCCUGACCGAUUCCGAUGUGAAGAUCAAAGGUCUCGAGUCAAGUUUGCUCUCCUCGCAACAAGCUGUCCGUCUUCUCGAAGCUUCUGCCAACCGAGCUGCUGAUGCUGAACGUCACCUUGCAAUACUUGAGGAUGAAACAGAAAAGCUAAUUAAAGAGCUUCGGACCUCCAAAGAGGAUGCCAGAUCUCAUGCUCAGCGCUUCAAGGAAGCUCAGCGCGGCAUCUUGGACAUGCAAGAUCAGCUAGAUCGCAUGGAAGAAGAAGCCCGCCAGGAACGCGACCGCCAUGUCGAAGUUAUUGGGAGAAUGGAGCGACAGCGCGAGAUCGAGAAGCAGCUUGACACGGCUGCUGGGCGGCUUAAGGGAGCCGCUGCUACCAAAUCUCUCCAGGAACAGAAAAAUGGAAGCAAGAUUGUCGGCCAUUUCGUCAGAGAUCUUCUACAAGACAAUGCUAACUUGCAGCUUGGAAUGGCCGAAUUGCGGGAAAUGCUCAUGAACUCAAAUGACGAGAUACAGUCAUUGCGGGAGCAGCUCUUGCACCAUCAACCGAUGCCCCUCGACAGCUCAAGCCGUGCAUCAACACUGAGAGCAGAACUGGAACCCAUGUUGGAUGGGCCAACACUUUCUCCAGAGUUGCACGUCCACCACCACUACCACAUAUCACAGAAACACGAACCACGAAAACAGAAAAAGAAACGACAGGGACUGCUUCCCGGUAUCUUCACGCCACCAGCUGCAUCAGCUCCAUCCUCGCCGCGAAACUCUGGUCAGUGGGGAGGUCUCACAUCAUCCCCAACAGCUCCUGCUCUGCUCUGUCGCGUGUCUGAAGGCGAUACGACGCCUACCUUAUCGAAUCCUACUCAGAUAUGGGAUGGCAGCUCCCAGCCAGCUUCAGACUUUUCGUCGUCGGUACCAAGCUCGCCACAAGUACAACGGAAUCGAGUGUUUGACUCUGCAUUCACCGACUCGGACCCUCUUAGUUCUCCUACAACGAGCUUCGACCCAAUGUCACCUGCUUGGCGAGCUGCUCAUUCGAAGCGGCCGUCUGUCUCGUCUUCUGUCAGCUUUCAGUCUAUUUCAAUGUUGAUGGACUCUGUGCCAGACACUCCUCCGAGCGGACCGACAAGUCAUCCUCACUAUACCGAAGAAACCAUUGAAGAAGAAGAUGAAGAGGAGCAGACUCUGCCUCGCCUCAUUACACAGCCGUAUACCCCUGCUCUAACUCUAGAGACAGCAACGCCUACGGAGGACUCAUCUGUCCUUAAUGAUCCAGGAUACUGCCAGGAAGAGAUUACGCCGCGUCCUCAACUGAGGCGUGUGUCAUCGCACGAGUCUAUCAUGUCGCUGACGGGUGGUCUUGAUAUUCAUACCUUGAAAUCCAGACCCAGUCAGAUGACCCUGCGGCCACUGGGCCGUGUUGAAGCCGUCGUGACGGGUGUUGUCGCUCGCCCAACUCUUUCUAGAUCCUCGGCGAAACGCAGCGAUGCAGCCUUGCGAGACAACUUUGCUGGCUUCCAGACGCCGAGAUCCCCAUCGAACCCGACUACGGCUCGACUAGCUUCCAGCCCGGUCCUAUCUCCAGGCACGCUGGGCAAAUUGGUAGGGUGGCGUCCUUGGGGAGGCAGCAGUCCAAACCCUAACUCUUCCCCUGUUCCAAAGCCGGCGGACAAAGUCGUGGGCAAAGACAAAGACAAAGAUAAAGACUGGGAUAAGGACAAGGAGUUGCACCGAUCUCCUGGCAUCAAUCAACCGGGCGCCAUACCCGGAUUUCAUCAGUACUGGUCCUUACAAAAGCGCAAAGGGGCCCCUGCGCAAGUGACGGCUGAGACAAUCGACCGCGAUGCUCUCACGGAAGUGCUGCAGGAGUAG